CGCCUCCCCCUGCCCCGCAGCAGCCCCUCGGGAGCCGAGGCCGCCCACCCCACUGCCAUGUCCAAAAGCUUGAAAAAGAAAAGCCACUGGACGAGCAAAGUCCAUGAGAGUGUCAUUGGCAGGAACCCGGAGGGCCAGCUGGGCUUCGAGCUGAAGGGGGGCGCCGAGAACGGGCAGUUCCCCUACCUGGGGGAGGUGAAGCCCGGCAAGGUGGCCUACGAGAGCGGCAGCAAGCUGGCGUCGGAGGAGCUGCUGCUGGAGGUGAACGAGACCCCCGUGGCGGGGCUCACCAUCCGGGACGUGCUGGCCGUCAUCAAGCACUGCAAGGACCCCCUCCGCCUCAAGUGUGUCAAGCAAGGAGGAAUUGUUGAUAAGGAUCUUCGUCACUACCUCAACUUACGAUUUCAGAAGGGUUCUGUGGACCACGAACUUCAGCAAAUCAUCCGUGACAACCUCUACCUCCGCACAGUGCCAUGCACCACAAGGCCACAUAAGGAGGGUGAGGUCCCUGGAGUGGACUAUAUUUUCAUCACCGUUGAAGAUUUUAUGGAAUUGGAGAAAAGUGGUGCUCUCCUAGAAAGUGGGACUUAUGAAGACAAUUACUACGGCACGCCAAAGCCUCCAGCAGAACCAGCACCAUUAUUAUUAAAUGUAACAGACCAGAUACUUCCGGGAGCCACUCCAAGUGCUGAAGGAAAACGGAAGAGGAAUAAAUCAGUGAGCAACAUGGAGAAAGCCAGUAUAGAGCCUCCCGAGGAAGAAGAGGAAGAGAGGCCUGUGGUCAAUGGAAAUGGAGUAGUAGUAACACCAGAAUCCAGUGAACAUGAAGACAAGAGUGCAGGUGCCUCAGGGGAGACACCCUCCCAGCCUUAUCCUGCACCAGUGUAUAGUCAGCCUGAGGAGCUGAAGGAGCAGAUGGAUGAUGCAAAACCAACUAAACCUGAAGAGAAUGAGGAGUCAGACCCAUUGCCUGAUAACUGGGAAAUGGCCUAUACAGAGAAGGGUGAAGUCUACUUCAUUGACCAUAACACAAAGACAACAUCAUGGCUGGAUCCUCGACUUGCGAAAAAGGCUAAACCUCCAGAAGAGUGCAAAGAGAAUGAGCUUCCAUAUGGCUGGGAAAAAAUCGAUGAUCCCAUAUAUGGCACUUACUAUGUUGACCACAUAAACAGAAGAACACAGUUUGAAAACCCUGUCCUGGAAGCAAAAAGGAAGCUACAGCAGCAUAACAUGCCCCACACAGACCUGGGAACAAAGCCCCUGCAGGCGCCAGGUUUCCGAGUAGCCGGCUCCUCGUCGACAUUACCUAGGCCCACAUGCACCUGCCCCCGCGCUGUCCUGGAGAGGUCGCGCAGCGUGAAUGACUUGUCUUACUAUCCGCGUGACCACGCGGGGAGGCCUUGGCCCUGCGAAAAACCGCUCUUCACCCGGGAUGCAUCCCAGUUGAAGGGAACAUUCCUCAGCAUCACUCUAAAAAAGAGCAGCAUGGGUUUUGGAUUCACCAUCAUUGGUGGAGAUGAGCCUGAUGAGUUUCUGCAGGUGAAAAGUGUGAUUCCGGAUGGGCCUGCAGCCCAGGAUGGGAAAAUGGAAACAGGUGAUGUCAUUGUCUAUAUUAAUGAAGUUUGUGUCCUUGGACACACUCAUGCAGAUGUAGUCAAACUUUUCCAGUCUGUUCCUAUUGGUCAGAGUGUCAACCUGGUGUUGUGUCGUGGCUACCCUUUGCCCUUUGAUCCUGAGGAUCCUGCUAACAGCAUGGUGCCACCCCUUGCAAUAAUGGAGAGGCCACCUCCGGUGAUGGUCAAUGGAAGACAUAACUAUGAAACAUAUUUGGAAUACAUUUCUCGGACCUCACAGUCGGUUCCGGAUAUAACAGAUCGACCGCCUCAUUCUUUGCACUCAAUGCCAGCUGAUGGUCAAUUAGAUGGCACGUAUCCACCACCUGUCCAUGACGACAAUGUGUCUAUGGCUUCAUCUGGGGCCACCCAAGCUGAACUUAUGACCUUAACCAUUGUGAAAGGUGCCCAGGGCUUUGGCUUCACUAUUGCCGACAGUCCUACAGGACAGCGGGUGAAACAAAUACUUGACGUUCAGGGAUGCCCUGGCCUGUGUGAAGGUGACCUCAUUGUUGAGAUCAACCAGCAGAAUGUACAGAACCUGAGCCAUACAGAAGUAGUGGAUAUACUUAAGGACUGUCCCAUUGGAAGUGAGACUUCUUUGAUUAUCCAUCGAGGAGGUUUCUUUUCUCCAUGGAAAACUCCAAAGCCUAUAAUGGACCGUUGGGAGAACCAAGGCAGUCCUCAAACAAGUCUAUCUGCUCCGGCCAUCCCGCAGAACCUGCCCUUCCCACCCACCCUCCACAGAACUUCUUUUCCUGACUCAACAGAGGCCUUUGACCCAAGGAAGCCUGACCCCUACGAGCUCUAUGAGAAAUCUAGAGCGAUUUAUGAAAGUAGGCAACAAGUGCCACCAAGGACCAGUUUUCGAAUGGAUUCCUCUGGUCCAGAUUAUAAGGAGCUGGAUGUUCACCUUCGCAGGAUGGAGUCUGGAUUUGGCUUCAGAAUCCUCGGGGGAGAUGAGCCUGGGCAGCCUAUUUUGAUUGGCGCAGUCAUUGCCAUGGGUUCAGCCGACAGAGACGGCCGCCUACACCCGGGAGACGAGCUUGUCUAUGUUGACGGGAUUCCAGUGGCUGGCAAGACCCACCGCUAUGUCAUCGACCUGAUGCACCAUGCAGCCCGGAACGGGCAGGUCAACCUCACUGUGAGAAGGAAGGUGCUAUGUGGAGGGGAACCCUGCCCAGAGAAUGGGAGGAGUCCAGGCUCCGUAUCAACCCACCACAGCUCUCCACGCAGUGACUACGCAACCUACGCCAACAGCAACCAUGCUGCCACAAGUAGCAAUGCCUCUCCUCCUGAAGGCUUUGCCUCGCACAGCCUGCAGACCAGUGAUGUGGUCAUUCACCGCAAAGAGAACGAAGGCUUCGGCUUUGUCAUCAUCAGCUCCCUGAACAGACCUGAGUCCGGAUCCACUAUCACUGUGCCCCAUAAAAUCGGACGCAUCAUCGAUGGGAGUCCUGCAGACCGUUGUGCAAAACUGAAAGUGGGGGACCGGAUCUUAGCAGUGAACGGCCAGUCCAUCAUCAACAUGCCUCAUGCAGACAUCGUGAAGCUCAUCAAGGACGCGGGUCUUAGUGUCACCCUCCGCAUCAUUCCUCAGGAGGAGCUCAACAGCCCAGCCUCGGCGCCCAGCUCAGAGAAGCAGAGCCCGAUGGCCCAGCAGAGUCCUCUGGCCCAGCCAAGCCCGGCCACUCCCAACAGUCCUGUUGCCCAGCCAGCUCCUCCUCAGCCACUUCAGCUGCAAGGACAUGAAAAUAGUUACAGAUCAGAAGUAAAAGCGAGGCAAGAUGUGAAACCAGACAUCCGACAGCCUCCAUUCACGGACUACAGGCAGCCGCCACUGGACUACAGGCAGCCCCCAGGAGGGGACUACCAGCAACCCCCACCCUUGGACUACAGGCAGCCUCCCCUGUUGGACUACAGACAGCACUCCCCUGACACCAGACAGUACCCUCUGGCAGACUAUAGGCAGCCCCAGGAUUUUGAUUAUUUCACUGUGGACAUGGAGAAAGGAGCCAAAGGAUUUGGAUUCAGCAUCCGUGGAGGAAGGGAAUACAAAAUGGAUUUGUACGUGUUGAGAUUGGCAGAAGAUGGGCCCGCAAUAAGGAAUGGAAGGAUGAGGGUAGGAGAUCAAAUCAUUGAGAUCAAUGGGGAGAGCACAAGGGACAUGACCCACGCCAGAGCAAUAGAACUCAUCAAGUCAGGAGGAAGAAGGGUCCGUCUCCUGCUGAAGCGCGGGACGGGGCAAGUCCCGGAGUAUGAAGACUCCAUCUUAGCAGACUAGAACAAGAGCUUUUCCCUCCUGGCUUGAAGAAGUAAGCUGCCACAUUGUGAGAGGUCUGCUGGAACUGGGAGGCUUCGAAGAUCCAAGGGCAGCCUCCUGUGGACAGCCAUCGAAAAGCCGGGGCCCUCAGUCAUGCAGCCAUCAGGAACUGAGUCCUGGCAGCAGCCUGAAUGAGCCUAGAAGAGGGUUGUUCUCCAGUUAAUUCUCCACAUGAGAAUUCAACCCAACUGGCACCUGGAUUGCAGCCCUGUGAGACCACAGACAGAGGACCCAGACUCCUGGACGCACGGAAACUGUGAUGUAGUAUCGUAUGUGUUAUUUCAACCUGCUAAAUUUGUAGUAAUUUGUUUUGCAGAAAAAUAGAAAACAAACACACUCCCAAACGUUCUCUCCUACGCUUUUCUGCUUAUUCUUUUGCCUUAGCACUUUUAGUCAUUUAACAUUUCCUAUGUAUGCCUUGUUUAUUGUCUGUGCUUCCCCCUCUAUUCUUGAACAUAAGUUGUACUACGACAGGGAUUUUUGUCAAGUCUUUUCCUGCCAUUAUAUUUUCAGUGGCUUGAACAAUCUCAGUAAACAUCUGUUGAAUGAAUGAAUAAAUGAGU